AUGCACGUUAUUCCUCCGAAUCCUCCUACAAGAGGGCCAGCGGCGGUGGCUUCUGCCCGCUAUGAAAUGUUGCCAUCGCCAUGGAUUUUGGCAAUCGCAGCAGCGUGUGGAAUCUGGUACAUUGGCAUGCUUGUCGUCCAAGCAAUUGGUGUCACCCAGUUAUACCGCAACUACUCUUCCCAGCCUAAGCCCGCUGUUUCCCCCACGCUAAAACUCGACCAAGUUCCCGAUGUUACUAUUCUUCGACCCGUUAAAGGACUGGAGCCCCAGCUAUACGAAUGCCUUGCUGCAACCUUCCGACAGUCAUAUCCCCGGGAGAAGUUGACAAUAUACUUUUGUAUAGCCACGAUCGAUGACCCUGCCCUCCCAGUUCUGCAACGCCUGUUGGCAGACUUUCCCGAGUUCGACGUCAAAAUAUUUGUGGAGGAGCAAGAUCCCAAUCUUAGUGGUAGUGGAGAGGCAAAUAACCUGGGACCUAAUCCGAAGAUAAGAAACAUGAGUCGAGGCUAUAGAGAAGCUAAAGGGGACAUUAUCUGGACUCUCGAUUGCAAUGUGUGGAUUGGGCCAGGCGUUGCUGGACGCAUGGUAGACAAGCUAUGCGGGUAUAAAGUCGAUGGGACGAGGACUGUCCCGUACAAGUUUGUGCAUCAACUGCCACUUGUCGUCGACAGCGUUGGUGCAAGCACUGGUGAAGAAGCUCGAGCGCUACUACAACAGAGCAGUGACGAAGACUCGCAAACUUCAGGUACCAGCUCUUCCAAACCGAUCGAAACACACCUGAAUACUCCCUGCCCGGCUGGCGGUGGUCGCCUCGAAGAAAUGUUCUUGGCGUCAUCACAUGCAAAAUUUUACACAGCAAUCAACACUGUCUCCGUAGCACCCUGUAUUGUUGGCAAAUCCAACAUGUUCCGACGAUCACACCUUGACUAUUUGACAUCCUCGUCCUCACUAUACUCUCCUGGCAUUGAUUUCUUCUCAGAGAAUAUAUGCGAGGAUCAUCUUAUUGGAGACCUUCUUUGGCGGAAGAAGGUCAAGGAGGAGCAAGCCGGGACAAAGUUCCAUAAACACGGACUUGUCCUUGGUGAUCUUGCUAUCCAGCCUAUGGCAGGCUUGUCAGUGCCUGAAUAUACUGCCCGGCGAGUCCGAUGGCUUCGUGUUAGGAAAUGGACUGUUCCAUUAGCGACCUUCGUGGAGCCUGGAGUUGAGCCCUUUUUGUGCUCUGCAUAUGGCGCGUUUGCUUUCACCACGAUACCUUGGUUUCACGAUCAGUUCGGUAUAAGCCAGACCUGGUCUACCUUCGCUCUGUUUUGGAUAGGCAGUGUACUGGCAUGGAUGGCUCUUGAUUCUUUGGUAUACGCAAAGCUCCAUUCCGGCUGUUCAAUAGAGUUGGAUUCUGAUACCCCCUCAUUUGCGCGACCACCCGAUGGCAUUUCUAGAAGGACUGCCAGAGAGUGGAUUUUUGCCUGGCUAGGUCGAGAGUUUCUUGCGCUCCCAAUCUGGGCAUGGGCUUGCUUGGGCGGUACAACAGUAAUGUGGCGAGGGAAGAAGUUCCGUGUAAACCUAGACAUGCGAGUUGUUGAGAUUAAGGGUCAAGGGACGACGACGAUGCGGGGAGUAGACACUCCACGUUCACGGAGUAAAGAUAGGCUGGAUUGA